AUCUGACUAUCAAAUCACGUCACAGAUCUGUGGGAUAUAAAUACCGAGCAUGAAUACAUGCAACCAUAUCAUCAAGUCUGAAGAAUGAAGCUGUUCCUGGUACUCUUCUCGACCAUUGCUGCCUUUUACAUUUCGGCUGGCCAAGAUGAGGGUGAAUUUGUGUGCCAAGAUAGAGCAGUCGUGUACUUGAAAAAUUUCUGCAAUGUAUGUCACUGCAAUAACGGUAUCUUAAAAUGCAGCAGAAAUAGAUGUCCAUGGACUCAGUAUGUUAAAAAUUGUACGGCCGGGAAUGAGCCGUCGUACAAACGCAUUACUUGUAAGUGCGUUCAGGAUUUAGGAUUAAUUUGCGCCAAACUCAAAUACCCAGCGGAAACGACACCCGGUGGCGUUGGCGAACCCUCAACAACGACACUUGGUAACACUGAAGUACACUCAUCAACGACACCUGGUAACGUUGAAGGACACUCAACAACGACACUUGGUAACACUGAAGUACACUCAUCAACGACACCUGGUAACGUUGAAGGGCACUCAACAACGACACUUGGUAACACUGAAGUACACUCAUCAACGACACCUGGUAACGUUGAAGGACACUCAACAACGACACCGAGUGAUGAGGUAGCCCCAUAGGGUACUUUCCAGAUUUGUUGUUGUAUAUUAAUUGUAAUCUAUGGUGUAGGUGUAGACAAUAAAAACCCUGGGCUUUACCAUUUUA